UAAAAUGCAGACUUCCAGCUCUAGAUCUGUGCACCUGAGUGAAUGGCAGAGGAAUUACUUCACAAUUACAUCUGGCAUAUGCUCAUCAGGACAAAAGGCAGAUGCAUACCGUGCACAGAUGCUGCGCAUUCAAUAUGCAUGGGCAAACUCAGAGAUCUCCCAGAUCUAUGCUACCCAAUUGUUCAAAAAAUAUGUGGAGAAAUAUUCUACAAUUAUUGAUUCUGACAAUGUUGAAACUGGCUUGAAUAACUAUGCAGAAAACGUUUUAACUUUGGCAACAUCUCAGCAAACUGACAGUGACAAAUGGCAGUCAGGAUUGACAAUAAGUAAUGUUUUCAAAAUGACUAAUGUACAGGAAAUGAUACAAGCUGGCAAAAAAUUCCAAGACUCUCUAUUAGCACGUGGUGAUGCAUCAGUAGUGAUCCAUAAGGAGACCAGCGUCUUUGAUUUUCCAAAAUUUAGUGUGAAUGUUUCUAGAGAGAAUAAACUUUCAGGUAACUCAAGUCAUGGUGCAGAUAGGAUACAAGACACCCCAGAGAACACAUCUUAUUCAAAGUGUCCUCAGAAUGCCCAGACACCUAUGGUGACUAACCCUACUAAAACUUGUCCUACAUUCUCAAUGCCUUUAGGUGAGUCAGCCACUGCAAAAUUCCAUGCCACACCAUUAUUUGGAAAUGUAAAAAAGGAAAAUCAUAGCUCUCCAAAAGCCAACAUGGGACUAAAUAUGUUCUCAUCUAAUCAGGUUUGUUUUCCUUCUGGCUAUGAAAAUCCAUUAGAAAGAAAGUCUUUCUAUGGUGUUGGUACCAGUUAUAUUGAUGCACUUUCCAGUCCAAUACUGAAUAAGGCUUUUAGUAAAAUGGAAGAUAAUUGCCAAAGGGAGGAGAGCAGCUUGCCUACUUUUAGAACUGCCAAAGAACAGCUAUGGGUAGAGCAGCAGAAAAAGUGCCAGCAACCCCAGCGGGCAUCAGGGUCUUCAUAUGGUAGUGUGAAAAAGUCUCUGGGAGCUAGUAGAUCUCGAGGAAUAUUUGGAAAAUUUGUUCCUCCUGUACCUAAGCAAGAUGGGGAAGAUCAGAAUGGUGGAAUGCAAUAUAAACCUAAUGGGGCAGGGCCUUCAGAACCAGUACAUCCAAUUGAUGAGCGUUUGAAGAACUUGGAGCCGAAGAUGAUUGAACUUAUUAUGAAUGAAAUUAUGGAUCAUGGACCUCCAGUAAAUUGGGAAGAUAUAGCAGGUGUAGAAUUUGCCAAAACCACAAUAAAGGAGAUAGUUGUGUGGCCCAUGUUGAGGCCAGACAUAUUUACUGGCUUACGGGGACCUCCUAAAGGAAUUCUGCUCUUCGGUCCUCCUGGGACUGGUAAAACUCUAAUUGGCAAGUGUAUUGCGAGUCAGUCUGGGGCAACAUUCUUUAGCAUUUCCGCUUCAUCUUUGACUUCUAAAUGGGUAGGUGAGGGGGAGAAAAUGGUCCGUGCAUUGUUUGCUGUUGCGAGGUGUCAGCAACCAGCUGUGAUAUUUAUUGAUGAAAUUGAUUCCCUAUUAUCUCAACGAGGAGAUGGUGAGCAUGAAUCUUCUCGAAGGAUUAAAACCGAGUUUUUAGUUCAGUUAGAUGGAGCAACCACAUCCUCUGAAGAUCGGAUUCUAGUGGUGGGAGCAACCAAUCGGCCACAAGAAAUUGAUGAGGCUGCCCGGAGAAGACUGGUAAAGAGGCUUUAUAUUCCCCUCCCAGAAGCUUCAGCUAGAAAGCAGAUAGUAUUCAGACUGAUGUCCAAGGAGCAGUGCUGUCUCAAAGAAGAGGAGAUUGAACUGAUUGUACAGCAAUCUGAUGGAUUCUCUGGGGCAGACAUGACACAGCUUUGCAGAGAAGCUUCUUUGGGUCCUAUUCGCAGUUUACAAACUGCUGACAUUGUCACAAUAACACCUGAUCAAGUUCGACCAAUAGCUUAUAUUGAUUUUGAAAAUGCUUUUAGAACUGUGCGACCCAGUGUGUCUCCAAAAGAUUUAGAGCUUUAUGAAAACUGGAAUAAAACUUUUGGUUGUGGAAAGUAAAUGGUACACUUACAGUUAAAAGGUGGCGUCUUUCUAGUAAAAUCUUUUUCAUUUUUUAAUAGGAUACUGGGAAUUUAUUAAUUGCAUCUUUUAGUGUAUAGUCUGAAUUCUGUACCUC